AUGCUUCGAUCCGUUCCCCUCUGUAGAUCUUCUCUGGCUGCUCGUCCACUCCGGACCAUCCCUUCCCUCGCUGCUAGACGAGUAGCACCUUCUCAAACCAGAUCUUAUGCCGUCGCUGCUCCUGCGGUAGGCUCAUACGGUCAGGUAGAUGGUGAACCAACCCUCAACUCCCCUUCAGAGUUGGCCAGACGAAUAUCAGCCAAGGUCUUGCCCAAAUUGGAGAAACCAGACGUGAAGAAGGUGUUGGUAGUAGGAAGUGGUGGUUUGAGUAUCGGUCAAGCGGGAGAAUUCGAUUAUUCAGGUUCACAAGCUAUCAAAGCUCUUCGAGAAUCCAACAUCUCCACCAUCCUCAUAAACCCUAACAUCGCUACUAUCCAAACUUCUCAUCACUUGGCCAACGAGAUCUACUUCUUACCGGUCACAGCAGAUUACGUUGCCUACGUUUUGGAAAAGGAACGACCGGAUGGUAUCUUGUUGACUUUCGGUGGUCAAUCAGCUUUGAAUGUCGGUAUUCAAUUAGACAAAAUGGGUGUACUUGAGAGAUUGGGUGUUAAAGUUUUAGGUACACCAAUCAGGACAUUGGAGGUUUCGGAAGAUAGAGAUUUGUUCGUACAAGCUUUGAAUGAAAUCGACAUUCCCGCUGCCCAAUCUACCGCCGUAUCAACCAUCCAAGAUGCCCUCGACGCAGCCAAGGAAAUUGGUUACCCCAUCAUUCUUCGAUCUGCUUUCUCCCUUGGUGGUCUCGGUUCAGGUUUCGCUCACGACGAAGAGGAACUCCGAAAUCUUGCCGCUAAAUCACUCUCCCUCUCUCCUCAGGUGUUGAUUGAGAAAUCUCUCAAGGGUUGGAAGGAAGUUGAAUAUGAAGUAGUCAGGGAUGCUGCCGAUAACACCAUCAUCUGCUGUAACAUGGAGAAUUUUGACCCUCUCGGUACACACACCGGUGACUCUAUUGUCGUCGCCCCAUCUCAGACCCUCACAGAUGACGAAUACCACAUGCUCCGAAGUGCCGCUAUCAAGAUUGUCAGACAUGUCGGUGUGGUCGGUGAAUGUAAUGUACAAUAUGCUCUUGACCCCGAAAGCCGAGAUUACCGAGUUAUCGAGAUGAACGCUCGUCUCAGUCGAUCUAGUGCCCUUGCUUCCAAAGCUACUGGGUAUCCCCUUGCCUAUACCGCCGCCAAGAUUGCUUUAGGUCACACUCUCCCUGAACUUCCUAAUGCUGUUACCAAAUCCACCACUGCGUGUUUCGAACCUUCUCUCGAUUACAUCGUCACCAAGAUCCCUAAAUGGGAUUUGGCCAAAUUCCAACACGUUGAGCGAAACGUCGGAUCAGCCAUGAAAUCCGUCGGUGAAGUCAUGGCCAUCGGUAGAACCUUUGAGGAAUCGCUACAGAAAGCCAUUCGACAGGUCGAUCCUAACUUUACUGGAUUUGAUGCUUAUUGGAAACCUGAAGAUAUGCAAACUGCUUUGGCCAACAACAACGACAGACGAUUAUUCGCUAUCGCUCACUCAAUGUUGAACUUGAACUACACAGUGGAUCAAUUACAUGAUAUCACCAAGAUCGAUAAAUGGUUCUUGUACAAAUUAGAGAACAUCGUUGUCGUAUAUAAACAACUUCAAUCUACACCAUUUGAAAAGAUUGAUAAGGAUUUGAUCCUCACUGCUAAGAAAACUGGAUUCUCCGAUUUGCACAUCUCUCAAUUGACUGGUGUAAAGGAAAAUCAAGUUAGAGAAAAGAGGAAAUCAUAUGGAGUUACACCAUGGGUUAAACGAAUUGAUACUCUUGCUGCUGAAUUCCCAGCAUACACCAAUUACCUUUAUACCACUUACAACGCCUCUACGCAUGAUGUCGAUUUCAACGAAAAUGGUACGAUGGUUCUCGGUUCGGGUGUAUACCGAAUUGGAUCUUCGGUCGAAUUCGAUUGGUGUGCUGUCACUUGUUCCAGGGCUAUCAGAGAUUUGGGUAAAAAGACCAUCAUGAUCAAUUACAAUCCCGAAACUGUAUCGACCGAUUUCGACGAGGCGGACAGAUUAUACUUUGAAGAACUUGGAUUUGAGAGAGUUAUGGAUAUCUACGAGAUGGAACAGGCUGAAGGUGUUGUUGUCAGUGUAGGAGGUCAAUUGCCCCAGAACAUCGCUCUUCGACUCAAGAACUCCGGUGUUAAUGUCGUUGGUACCGACCCUGAACAGAUUGAUAACGCCGAAGAUCGACACAAGUUCUCUUCCAUCUUGGAUUCAGUCGGAGUUGAUCAACCAGCCUGGACCGAAGCUACUUCUUUGGAGUCUGCUAAAGCCUUCGCCGCCAAGGUCGGAUACCCUGUUCUCAUCCGACCUUCAUACGUUCUUUCCGGAGCAGCCAUGAACGUAGUAUGGGAUGAAGCUUCGCUCGAUAAGAACCUCACUGCCGCUACCGACGUAUCACCUCUUCACCCUGUCGUUAUCUCUCAAUUCAUCGACAAUGCUCAGGAAAUCGAUGUGGAUGCUGUAGCCCACAAUGGAGAAUUGUUGGUCCACGCCGUAUCAGAACACGUUGAGAAUGCCGGUGUUCACUCUGGAGAUGCUACAUUGGUUUUACCACCUUUCUCACUGCCUCCGACCGAUUUGGACAGGUUCAAGGAGAUUGCUCAGAAGGUAGCCAAGGCGUUCCAGAUUUCUGGUCCAUUCAAUAUGCAAAUCAUCAGGAAACCAGAAGAGAAUGGUCAACCGGCUGAAUUGAAGGUCAUCGAAUGUAAUCUCCGAGCUUCUAGGUCUUUCCCAUUCGUAUCGAAAGUUUUGGGUAAGAAUUUCAUUGAUGUUGCUGCUGCGGCUAUUAUGGGAGAAAACGUUCCUGCUCCUGUUGAUUUGAUGAAAGAACAACGAGAUUACGUUGCUAUUAAGGUACCUCAAUUCUCAUGGACUCGAUUACCUGGUGCGGACCCAUUCUUAGGUGUCGAGAUGGCUUCUACUGGUGAAGUCGCUUCGUUCGGUAAAGACGUUCACGAGGCAUACUGGGCUGCAUUACUCUCCGUUAAUGGAUUCAAAUUACCAAAGAAGAACUCCGGUAUUCUGCUCGGAGGAGAUAUCUCUCGAUCUGAAAUGCCAACCAUCGCUUCCAACUUGUUAUCACUCGGAUUCAAACUAUACACCUACGAUCCCAAGGUCGAAUCGUUCAUAAACGAACAACCCAAUUUGACAAUCAAGAAGAUCUACGUCCCAGUGAAAGAUAAGCGAAAGUUGAGAGAGGUAUUGGAAGAGAAUGAAAUCUCGACUGUUAUUGAUAUCGCUAGAUCCCGAGCCGCCUCGACGGGUGAAGCUGAAUAUGCUGCUAGAAGAGCUGCAGUGGAUUUCGGUAUUCCCCUCAUAAAUAAUGCCAAACUCGCUGUAUUGCUCACUGAGACUUUACAAAAGAAAUUCCACCAAUCGCCAUUACCUUAUGUGGAAGGUACAAAUCCACCUGAGGUGAAAUCCUGGAGGGAGUUUGUAGGUGAAGAAAGGGCUUAUUAG